CCCCCCCUCCCUUAACCUUCUCAAUCGCGAUGUCGCUGCCAGUCGCCGAGCUCGUGCUCUUCACCUCUUCCGAGGCGUACCAGAACGACCAGGGCGUCCUCGGAGGGCUCAUCGACAUCCUCAACAAAACCGAGGGGAAGAUCGCGACCUACCAUGGCCCCGAAGUAGAGGACCCGACCAAAGGCUACCUCUUUGUCCUCUGGCAAACCCUCGAGCACCACAAAGCCCUCAUGUCCGGGCCCACCUACCCGGCGCUCGUCGAGACGCUCAAGCCUGCAGUCGGUGGGCCCUUCGAGAUGCUGCACAUCAACUUCACCAAGGACCCCACCCCUGCCCUCGAAGCACCCGUCACCGAGGUCGCCUUGGUCACCCUCAAGCCGGGGAAGACCAAGGAGGAAGUGGGUCCGCUGCUCCACAAGCUGACUGGCCUCCCGACCCCCGGGAUCGUCCUGUCGACAUGGGGGCCGACGGUCGAGAAGGAGGAAACUCUGAUCAUCGCCGCGGGAUGGGAGUCGGUGGAGGCUCACAAGCAGGCGUCGAAGGGCGUAUCAGGGGAGGUUGCGCAGCUGAUAGCGUCCAUUCGUGAGCUCGUGGAUAUCAAGAUCACCCACGGGAAGCUGAAGAAAUACGAUUGAUUCUGCAACUUCGGAGACGGAAACAUACAAAUGCAAGCAGUAUUUGACUACCUGUACAAUAGUCCACGCCAAUGGUCUAAAUUAGGUCGCAACUCAUCCACCACUGACGGUG